UCGUGACGCAACAUGUAAACAAUCGUGAACAGUGCAGCUUAUUUGCAGAGCUCAAUUUGUAAUGUGGUUACAGUUCGGUAAAUGACAACGGUUCUUGUAUUAGCUACAACUGCACUACUUUAUAGAUUUCUGUUUCCGGUCACAUGUGUCUUCAGACCGUAUUGAAAUUGUCACGCAUUUCGCAGCGUCGGGGAUGUCUCACUUAAAGUUUCACUUUAACUUGCAGUGACCAAUUCUUGCAACUUGACCGACACCAAACUUAAUCUAAAUUUGAGUCCAUUUCGAACUCCAACGUUAACGUGAGCGUUUACCUUCAGUAGUCUUCACUUGCUGUCAUGCCAUGACCGCCUUAAGAUCCCUAUUCUUUCAACGGUCGCUGUUAUAUUCGGUCAAAGUAGUUGUAAUACAACGCAGUAGUUUAACUAAAUAUACAAAACUUAUACAGGCGAAGAAACUGAAGACUGAGAAUACGGACACGAUUGGCUCCUCGUCUGAGCUGAGCCCAGAGCAGUUGGACCGGAUCGCUCACAACAAGCAAGAGGCACUGGACCGACUGAUAGCCCACACGGCCCCCGAUGGCCUUGGGGAGAGCUGGCGAAGAGCCCUGAGCAAAGAAUUUACCAAGACCUACUUCAAACAGCUGAUGUCCUUUGUAGCAGACGAGAGAAAGAAGCACACAGUCUACCCUCCUCCACAGCAGGUCUUCACAUGGACCCAGAUGUGUGACAUUAAAGAUGUGAAGGUUGUGGUAUUGGGACAGGACCCAUACCAUGGGCCAGGUCAGGCUCAUGGACUGUGCUUCAGUGUGCAGAAGCCUGUCAAACCCCCACCCAGCCUGGGGAACAUGUAUAAGGAGCUGGGCUCUGACAUCGAGGGCUUCCAGCAUCCCCAACACGGUGACUUGACAGGCUGGGCCAAACAAGGAGUGCUUCUGCUCAACGCUGUACUAACAGUGAGGGCACACCAGGCCAACUCUCACAAAGAUCGGGGUUGGGAGACGUUCACUGAUGCAGUCAUCCAGUGGCUCAGUACCAACCUGGACGGACUAGUGUUCAUGCUGUGGGGUGCCUAUGCCCAGAAGAAGGGGGCGGCCAUUAAUAAGAAGCGCCACCACGUCCUGCAGGCAGUCCACCCCUCUCCACUGUCGGCCCACAGAGGCUUCUUCGGCUGCAAGCACUUCUCCAGAACCAACGAGCUGUUGAAGAAGUCUGGGAAGACGCCCAUCGACUGGACUGCCCUUUAAAAGUCACGGUGGCUAGUUCGACUUUUAGAGAAACCAGCGAUCAGUGAAGUUACUGAGUUAAGUCUUUCAGUGAAGAUCGCACGGCCCCCCUUUUGAGUCUCUGUCUUUCAGUGAAGAUCGCACGCCCCCCUUUUGAGUCUCUGUUAUUUCAUACAUUAUUGUAUGCUCAUGUCUUUCUAGUUAGACUCAGAACGUACUGUUGUUGUUCAGCUCAGUAUAUCAGAUCACUUUCACUAAUUUUUGAAUGUUUUCAUCCCUUACCUAAAGACCGUUGUGGGGGAAGCACCUCUUUCCUGGUUACAUUCUGUGUCUGUUUGGAAGUUCCCAUCCAUCUUUGUGGAGAUAUUGCAACACUAACAAGACCGCGGUCUGCGUUUCAAGUUCAUAUGAGACCCUUCAUGCCAGUAGUAUAUGUUGAACACCUUUUUUUUUUACCCUCUUGUCUUUUCACUGUAAAUAUUUCAAUAUUCAAGCUAUUUGGUUGUGUUGUUGUUUUUUUUUUUCUUCUAUUGCUCUCUGUUUUUUUCCAAUAAAUUAUGUUGAUCUACAAAACA